AUGGAUUCCUCACCAAGUGAGCAAAUUCAUGAAAAUUCUUCGCCUGAGCGAGAAAAUUCAUGGGAAAUCGAAACAGUUGGAUCGAAAGUUCGAAUAGAUGCGUCGAACACCGGUAUGAUGGUCGAGCAACAAUCAUCGUCCCAUGAAAAUGAAAAGAAUUUACAAAACAACAUUGAGAAAACACUGAAUUUAUUUUUAAAUAAAAAAAAAGAUUUAUUUCGUACACUAAAUAAAUGGGAAGCGGAAGCGGAAACGAAUGAAGAUGAUUUUGAGGUUACCGCUGAUUAUCAGCUACCACUGGAUAAGAUUGAUAAUGCAUGUGACGAGUUAAAUGGUAAUGAACGACAAGUUUCAUUGAUAAAUAUUGAUAAUAAAAAUGAAAUAAAUUUGAUCGAAUCGAAAAUGUCGGACGAGAAUAUUUGUUCAUUUGCGAAUGGUUAUGAUAAUGCCGAUCUUUUUCGCAAGCAUGGAGGCUUAAAGAAAAACUUCGAAGAUUUGCCAAAACUAGCAAAUGAUAGAAGUGAAUUGUCAAGUAAUGGUUUCAAUAUGCUGGGUGAUAAAAAUGAAUUUUUUGAUAAACAGCAAAACUUACAGCAAAUUAGCCACAGCGAACCAAUAAAUACUGUGUUUGAUAGGCAAUUUAAAUAUGAUUUUGGUACACUGAAUGAAUCAGAGGAAAGUUCACACUUAACGUGGGCAAUAGAAGCACCAGUAUCGUCAGAUUUGUUUGGUGAGAAAGCUGUAAACUCGCAUUUCAGUGAAGUACCAUUUCAUCAGAAAUUUGGUUCAAAAAUACCAAUUCUUAAAGAAACUAAUUUAGCAAAGCAUUACGAACAUUUCUCAGAGUACCAAACAACUAAUUUUGGUGAAAGAAUUCCAUUGUUAGUUAGUGGUAAUAAUGGUAAGGAUUAUCAACAUGAAUCGAAAUACGAAAAGGAAGAUGAUUCUAAGAAAAUUCGAGAGGAUUUAACACUUCAUAAUGACGAAUUUAAAACAAAAGAAUUGGAGAAAUCUGUGCCUGCAGAUGUUUCUUCUAUUUUGUACCAGCCAUUUUCUGAAAAAGUUCCUGACUUUGAGUCGUCCAAAUUUACAGAUGACUUUCACGGUUCACAAAUAACUUCAGCUGUUGUUGGUGAGGCUAUGCCAGCCACUGAACGCGGAUUAGAGUUGGAGCUGUUAGGACAUAAGCAGAAUUAUAUUGCUGAGGAGGUCCCGGAAGAAUUUAAACAAAUGGAUCACUCCUCCAAAAGUGCCCCACCUAAAAUUCCACCAAAAACCAAAUCAAUUGAUCUGUCAACAAACGAAGUUACGGAUAUUGCGCCAGCUGUGGCUGCUGAAAAGGAAGAAGGAACUCAGGUUGGAACAAAAAAAGAAGAGACUAAAAACGAUGAAAUACAUAUUAUUAGUUAUUAUUCAGAUUUUAUUAAACGUGUUUGUAGUAAUGAAGCAUCUUCUCUGGUGGAAAACAUUUCGGACAGAAUCAGUAAUAUCGCUGAUGGUUUAAGAGAAACGCCUAUCUUCUCCAAAUCCGAGAUAUCAGAAGCACUCAUAAAUAAAAUGGAACAAAAAGAGGAGGAAAAAGGCCCAACCAACGAAUUUAUAAAUACAAUGGAAGAAUUAAAAGGGGAAGUCGAAGAAUUAGUGGCUUCAAAGGAGAAGGAGGUGAAGGAAUUUUUGGAUUCAAAGAAGGAAGAAAUGGUUGAAGGAAUGGUGGAGAACGUUGUCGGGAAGGUAGAUGAUUUCGAGAAGCAGAUACUAAGUGGAACUGUGAAAGAAGUUAUCGCCGACGAGCCUAAACCACCAAUUUCUGAACAUCUUGGUACAUUAUUUGUACCUACCGAGUCGCAGAUCACUGAUUCUUCCAUUACUGAAACUACAUUUCCACAAAGUGAGGACAUGAAGCAUACCGUAAUCGAGAAGCCAGAUAAUUCAAAAACUGCAGGAUUGGAAAAAGAAAAGAAAUCAUGUACAUUGAAGUCAAGAACUUCUAUAACGAAUGGACAACAAACGUCAAGAUGGAGACGAUGCACCGUUCUUUAG